AUGUUUUGGUCAUAUCUAUCCCGUAUUUAUAAAACACGUACAUUACCAUUUUAUAAACUACUAAGUGGUAAUAAAGUACUCUCAGAACAAAACGAUAUUACAAGGGAACUACAUAACUAUUAUAGUGAACAGUUCAAAAAGCCAGUGAUAGAUCUGUCUGAUUCACAUGAAGUAGAAGUUGUUGAUAAAUGUAAUGAAAUACUGGAAAUUUUAUCUAAUUCUGAAGCACAAAUGGAGAGAACUAAUAUCGCCGAGGUCAGAAGAGUGAUCCGAUCCCUCAAACCAAAAAAAUCAGCAGGUUUUGAUCAAAUAUCCAACUUCAUAAUUAAAAAACUUCCGAUGAGUUAUAUCGAAUGUCUUGUUGUUUGUUUUAAUCAAUGGUUGAGUGAAUGUAGAUAUCCAGAGGAAUGGAAACUAGCGAAGAUAAUAACCUCAAAUAAAUUAAAAGCCGGUGUUCUUAAAUGCAAUCAAACUCGUCCGAUUUCUUUAAUUGCAACUCACUCAAAACUUUUUGAAAAACUAAUGUUAAAUAGAGUAAGAUAUUGGGCAGAGACAAAUCAUAUUGUUCCAGUAGAACAAUCGGGUUUUCGCCCAAGAUGCUUACUACCCACCAUAGUGUUGUCAAUUUUCCAGGAGAUUAAGAAUAGUAUGGCUGUCAACAUACCAACUUAGCUAUAUAUGUGGACUAUUAGAAAGCAUCUGACCGCGUGUGGCACGCAGCGCUCUUAACAAAACUGUGGAGGUUAGGUAUACUCCUCAGUAUGUUGAAAGUGUUAGUAUCUUGGCUUAAAGAUAGAAAGGCGUAUAUUGUAUUUGGAGAUAAGUCAUCAGAAGUUUUUCAUAUAAACAUCGGUCUACCUCAAGGUAGUAAUCUUAGCCCGUAUCUGUUUAUAGUGUUUCAUUGUGAUCUUGUUCAAUCUUGCGGAGUUCAUUCGGGACAUUUGUUCGCAGAUGAUUUAUGCGUUCUUAUAAGACCCCCAUUGGAAGCAAAAUUAACACCCAUGAUCGAAUACUUAGAACGAGAAGGCACGAAAAUAUGCGAUCAAAUCUUUGAAUAUUCGAAAAAAUGGAAGCAACCUAUAAAUAUAAGUAAAACUGUUGCACAAUUGUUUUAUAUACAAAUAAAAAAGCCAAUAGUAAAAAUAGAAAUGUAUGGUCAAAGAAUUGAAAUUGUAAAUGAAUUUAAGUAUGGGUGGGUGUGGGUGUGUUGGUGUGGAUGUGCGUGUGGGUGUGGGUGUGGGUGUGGGUGUGGGUGUGGGUGUGUUGGUGUGGAUGUGCGUGUGGGUGUGGGUGUGGGUGUGGGUGUGGGUGUGGGUGUGGGUGUGGGUGUGGGUGUGGCUAUACUCAGCGUGAAAAGCCAUACCUAUGCCCACAUCCACACCCACACCCACACCCACCCACACCCACACUCACACCCACACCCACACCCACACCCACACCCCCACCCCCACCCCCACCCCCACCCCCACCCACCCCCCCACCCCCACCCC